AUGUCCCCUCCAGAGGACACCACUUCAAUCACGACUCGGGCACAGUCUUUAGCCGUUGCUCUAGGGACCGACGACCCCACCCACUCCUUACUUGACCUACCGGUCACCACUCUUUACUUCCUCGCUUCCACAGUCCCCGUUCUUGCCUUAGGUGUACCCUUCGGCCCCAUAGUCCAUAGUUCACGAACCUCCUACGUCUACGUCCACGUCUUCGCCUCGGUUGUAUUCCUUGGCUUCAUAGUUCCUACGCCCAUAGUCCCCGUUACAACCAGGUUCGAGGCCGUAAAGCUGAACAACGGGCCAUUCGGAAUACGAUGGCACAAUUUACCGCCCCCACCGCUGUCGCACACCUAUCUCAUACCGCCGGAGGCCUCGCCCCAAUGGACCUCUCCGCCCUCGAAGCCCAUCCCACUCAAUGCCCUACCGCCGAACAAUGAUACACUUUUGUCAAUAGACAAUGCAAAACCUCUGCCGCCGAAAAACAAUAGCGAAGGGACAACAAUCUCUUCCCGCCUCCUCCGAGUCGGGUUUUCAGUAGUCCCAGGCUUGAUCAAUGGCCCCUGCCCGGGACCUUCUAAUGUUUCUCCUUUGUCUGCGUUUUCUAUCUCUGGCUUCUCGGUAUCGUCUGUGGAGGAUAAAUUGGAUGGGGAUCAUUUUGUUGCUUCUUGUAAAAUUGUAAACAAUAGAAUAUCCAUUCAAACCCACGCAUUGAUUGAUACCGGUUGCUCAGGAUUCGCAUUCAUUGAUGAAACAUUCACACGCCAUAACAACCUCCCAUUUCUCCCCCUUAAAUCACCCCGCACUCUUGAAGUCAUCGACGGACGGCCCAUAUCUUCUGGACAGAUUACUCACCUCUGCUACCUACCGCUAUCAAUUGACUCUCACCAUGAAACUAUCCCCUUCUUCGUCACCAAACUCGGCUCGUACCCACUCGUACUCAGAAUCUCCUGGCUUCAAUUACAUGACGCUACGUUACGGUUUAAGGACAAUACUAUACUGUUCGACUCGAAUACUGUAAACGCAAGUGCAACUCUUCCGCAAUACUCGUUCCCAUUAGAGGGAUUGCGCCACCGCCCCGUUUCCACCUCCACAACUAUUGAGGAAAUGGACCAAAACAUAGGCGAGGCCCCUAGGGAAGACUGGAGGAACCGAGUCCCAACCCGGUAUAAGAGGUUUCACGAAAUGAUGGAUGAAAAGUUCGCUAACGAGAUGCCGCCUCGCCGCCCCUAUGACCAUAAGAUACCGCUUAAGGAAGGGAAAGAGCCCCCGUUUGGGCCACUUUAUGGUAUGUCCCAUGAGGAACUUAUUGUGCUUAAGCAAUACAUACAGCACAACCUCCAAAAAAGCUUCAUUCAGGCCAUCUCUUCGCCUGCCGGUGCCCCUGUCCUAUUUGUUAAAAAGGCCAAUGGAACACUCCGCCUCUGUGUCGAUUAUCGUGGCCUCAACGAACUCACUGUCAAAAACCGCUACCCGCUGCCGCUCAUCCGGGAAACUCUCGACCGCUUCUCCAAAGCCAAGUAG